GAAAGGUCGCUCGCUUGUUGCUUGGAAGCCGUGCGUCGCUUUUGUAAUGCGUCAUCAUGUGUCACUUCCUGACGUUGAGUGCGACUAAAUUAAAACGUACGGGUUUCAUAACGGCCAGUGUGUUCGAACUACAUUCAGCAUGUCAGACGGAGAAUUAAUUUCUGUGGAUUAUGAAGUAUUUGGAAGAGUGCAGGGGGUCUUUUUUCGAAAAUAUACACAGGCCCAAGGAAAGAAGCUUGGCCUUGUAGGUUGGGUCCAAAACACAAGUGCGGGAACCGUGCAAGGGCAGCUCCAGGGCCCCCGCAAAAAUGUGACAGAAAUGCAACAAUGGCUCAAAUCCACUGGGAGUCCCAAGUCACAGAUUAUCAAGGCAGAGUUCAGGAACGAGAAAACAGUUGUCAACCUCGAACAUUCGACUUUUGACAUUGUGAAAUGACAUGCACAUUAUUAGCCUACAACCACUUAUUUAUUUUUUCUGUCUUAUUAUUUAUUGAUAUACAUUGCAUGGUAUUGUUUUGAAAAAGCACACAUACUGUAUUGAAAUUACUCCUUAACAUCUACAGAAUCCAGAAAUGCUUUCAGAACAAAAAAGACAGUUUGUUUUUUAAAUUAUCAAUUUAAACUAUAAACCCUUCAUCAAUGGGCCAAUAAGAAUAGUUUCCUAUACUUUUGCUGACAUUUGAAUAUGAAUGGCUACAAAUCAUGUAGGGCAGGGGUGUCAAACUCAUUUUUGUCACGGGGCCACAUUGUAGUUAUGACUGUGAACCCGUAUGAAGGAAUGAUCACCUCAUAUAAUUAGAUAUGGGAAAAUACUUUUCGGAGGCCAAAUUCAUGGAUAAAAUCUACAUUAAAAAUAAUGGUCAUUUUUUUUGUUACAUAAUAUUCUAAUUUCCAGAAGUGGUGAUUUUUGGGGUUUUCAUUUUCCGUAAGCUAUAGUCAUCAAAAUUAUACAUAUACUGUUGUAUAUUUUUUUUUAAAUCAUGAAAUAUUUCAUGUGUGUAAUUAAUCUCUACAAAGGAGUGUCACUAUUUGAAUUGAAUUACCUAACAAAAUUAAUCUUUUGACACUUUUUUUUUUAACUGCAGUUAUGUAUUUACAGUAGUGUGUAAGUGAAUUUCAGAUAUCUGCACUUUUCUUGCAUAUUUAUUUUUUGAUGACUUUUUAUUGACACUCCCUAUUUGAAAAAUGAGUUCUGUACUAUCUACUCCUUACUUUGUCAAAAUAGGCUGGUUACUCCUUUCAACCUCUACAGUCUGUGACAAGACUUAGACGGCCUAACUCGAGAGUGGUAUUGUUGAUUAAUUGAUUGAGAUCUUUGGGACUUCUAAGUUGGUUAAAAAAAAAAACAACAACAAGGACCGCAGCGACAUGCAGGAGCAUGAAUGACGACGGAAACAGAUUCUGAGAAGUGAAAUAUUCCCCAUUCAUGGCCUUUUAAAAUUGUUUGACGUUGUCGGCUACAAGAAUGAAUUGUGGCAAUUAUGUUGUGCCAGCCUAAAAACCUCCAGCUCCAGGUGUUAAACAAAAAUUAUCUGCGUAAUCAGAAAAAAAACAUGGGUGUAUUUUUUUUUUUUUACAGUUGUUAUUGUUACCAAAUUUAGCAUUUAUUGUUCGCUAUUGGAAUAGUUAUUUUUUGUGUUUUCUUUGUCUUCUCAGUAUGAGCAUUAUGCAAGUCAAUGAAAGAGGAAAACUCUUUUGCUGCAGCACUGUUUGUUGUUGUUGUGCCAAGUUAUCAAAACAGGUAUUGUAUAUUAAAACAUUGUAAAUCUAAUCUGAAAAAACAUA